UCGUCAGUUUGACGCCGCGUGCGAGCGCAUACAGGUCUGUCGCGAUCGCCGACUCGCGCGCGCGAAAGGGAGCAGAAUUGGGGAAACUGAGAGAGAAAGUUCGUUGUUCUUCCAGGGAAUCAUCGUAAAAUGAUCGCCCGCAGAGCAUAUGCAAGCACGCGUUAUGUAAACGAUUAUGAUUGUUCGCCAAACAAGUGAACAUAUAAGCAAGGAAACAGUUGACUAAUGGAACGAAUAAAUACAUGUAUACUCUAUAACAAUUAGGCGUACAACAAUGUUUGGAACGUCAACACUAUCAUUAAUCGCUAGUGGAUCAAAACGGCGACAGGUGCCUGUAGACGAUUUUGCCGCGUGCGAAUUUUCCGUUAAAAUACCGUCAAUACGUCGCGAACGCCUGCACUUUUCACCACGACAGAUUUACCGUGCAGGAACAUACGAUAUGUGAGUGUGUCAUGAUCUAUGAUGAUGUGCGUGAAUCACAAAAUCGGGAUUGAAAAGGACAAAUCAGGACGGUAUCAGGUCGGUGAAAAUUAAUUACAAUUUGCACUCGUGUAAAAUUACUCACGAAGAAACGGAAUCAUAUCAGAAAUAUCAGAAUCAAUGGAGAACUUUUUAUCGCUCUGAAUCGCGAACGGUAGCGAUUGCGCGAUAAUUAUACGCGAUGAAAUUGUCGAUCAAUCAUAACGAUAUGGCCGCAACCCCGGAGAUCGGUUUGAUAAAUUAAAUCAAUGUAACGUUCUCGAGAGAUCGAGUAUAAGGCUUUCGAGUUUCGGCUUCGAACGUUUUUCAUAUUCGCCGAUCGAUCCAAUAAUGCAUUAACUCUGGGAUUGGCCCUCCGCAAAACUUUGAUCUACAUGAGCUGCGCAAAAAUCGACUGAGGCGUAUCUGCGUGGAAAUCGGAUUACCGUUCAGAGAGAACGGGGAAGUGGGAGACUUCUCGAUUAGUAACCCGCGCAAAAACACUUUACGCACGGUCUAAUCUCAAGAGCAACGAGAACGGAUCACCGACAGAUCGAUUUACCGUGGGAUAUCCGCCGUCGAAGUUGGUGGUCGUGAGUUUCGAUGGUAAGAAAAGCAAACAUUGAAAUAGUGCUAGUUUCAGGCGGAGGAUAAGUUGAUUGUGGAGAUACCACUCAGGAGCAAUUAAGUAUCGAGUCUAUUAAGAGAAUAUCAUUCAUUAAGAACUAUAAUGUCUGGAGAGACGUAAGAUUGCGCAGAGAUUCUGAAGACGCUGCUCAACACCGGGAUCUGUUAAAUACUGUAAGGAAGAAGUAAAAUUGCGAAGAUGUUAGAGAGCUAUUCUCAUUGGCAAUAGAAUUUAAAUCGAGGACCAGAAAUUCAGGAGGAACGUAAGAAUCAUUAAAAUUAAGUACUUACCUUCAAUGAGAUCUUAUAAAAUAUCGCAUUAUUAAUAUAUCGUAAUUAAAAGUAAAAGUAUUGUAAAUACGACUUGCGAGAAAUUGAUAUCCAAGUUGUAAUGUUUGAAAUUACGUUAAUCUCGAGAGAAAUGAUAAUAUAAUCAUAUAUGCUGUCGAGGAGAGAUGGAUGACGGUCAUUUUAUGGAGACGUUGAAAUUAAUUCCGGCGAAGAGGAGAGAGUGUUAAAUUGAUUCUCAAGAAAUAUGUAAUGCUCACUAAUGUAUCAAGCAUGUCAUGUUAUCGUAAGCAGCUGUUGCAAGCCGCUGCUAUAUGCGAAUGAUAAUCACGUCGUGGAGAUGUCGGGAUUGAGAUCGAUUAGGCUCGAGGAAACGUGCCAUCGCGGGUGGAUGUAACAAGCGGACGGUUUGUCGCGAACGGGAAGAUGAGCGGCUGAAGAUGAGUGCGUCAGGCAUCUGGUGCGCGCUCAUCUUGCUCACGUUCACGCAAGAUUCCCUCGCCAGCCACCACGAGAAGGUCCCUGAAAUCGAAAAGUCGAAGGAGUACCUGCGGCAUCAAUUGAACCACCGCUCGACGGCCUUUGUCGACCGCAAGCUCGUCGACUCGACGGAAUUUCGUGCCGUUGAGACCCGCUCGAUGAUUAUUCAUCCGAACGCGGAAAUCGCACGUUCAGACGCGGAAGCGGCGGAGAUGCUGAAUCAUCCUUCGGAAUAUCAUCGCGCGGAAAUCCGUCCCAUAAUCGCGCGAGAUCGCCCUAUAAACCACUUCCGGCCGACGGAGAUCCAUUUCGCGUACGAAAAUCGUUUACGUGCGGAAGAAUAUCCUACGGAAAUACGCUCGACUUUGGAGAAUCUCGACGGAAUUGUGGAAACGCGCCCGACGGAGAGCCGUCGCGCUGUAGCGAUACGUUCGGCAAAGAUUCUUUCGUCGACGUCAGCACGUCACUCCGCGGAAAUCGCCCUCGACGCCGGGAAAGUUCGUGCCUCCUCAGCUGAACUUGCCGCGGAAGUUGCCGAAGAGCGAGCCACAAGAAUCCGCUCUGCGGAAACGCGAUCGCAAACGAGGGAGCGUCAUUCCUUGGAGGAAGUUUCGCCGACAGAGAUCCGACCGGUGGAGAUUCUCUGGACGGAGAUCGAGCAGACGGAUAUGUCGAGCAUCGAAAGAUCGCAGAUCCGUCACGGAAGAUCCAGAAGCCAUUUCGCGCGGCAGAAGAUAGAGGAAUCUACGAGGGAUAGUUCGAAGGAUGCGGCAAAUAGGAUCAGAACCGACAUUCGCGAGGAUCAUGAGAAUCACUUCAAGACGCGUCAAGUGGAAAAAGUGAGUGAUUUUCUGGAAGGAUCCGUUUCACCGAAACGUAAUCAUUCUUGGCUUCUUGAACAAAAUUUCUCAAAGGAUAACUCGGUCAACAGCCAAUCUCUCGAUCGAAUUGAGAAUAAUGUUUCAGAAGGACUGGAAAGUUUACUCAAGUUGUAUCACGGAAAGAAAGGAAAUGUUGCUGAAGAAAAUUCCGCUAUUCCUCUCACGCGUAAUCUUUCCUGGAUAAUUGAACAGAAUAUUUCCAAAGAUAAUACGAACAUCCGGUCUUCGGAUCAGAUCAACGAUGAGACUGCGAAAGAUCUCCAAGAUACACUCAAAGUGCAUUAUUCGGAGAGCCACGGUAUUUUGCGAUCGAAUCCCGAUUCCCUCAAGAGCUCUUACAAGGACGACGCCCUUAGUAAAUUGAGGAAGGCAAUAUCCUUAAAUAGGACCGUUGUGCCAGCAGCUGCGAUAGACCAUAACACGACGGAGACACUCGGUAUCGAUGCGCUCGAAGAUACCAGCGAAACCACCCGUGACCUCGAGGAAGAGAUUUCGCAAGAUGUGGUGUUGGAUUACACAAGUUACGAGGAACCGAUGAACACUUCAUCGCCCGAGUUGAUUCGCAAGAGACCCCAAGUCGACAUCGUGACGCGUUUCUUGCGAAUUAUCGAGAACCAGCAUACUCUGGGUGAGAAUUGCACUGCAGGCACUGAUUUAAACCUCGGCGAAGGCGUGGUGGACCAAUAUGCGCAGGAGAGGUUUAGGCUAGAGGCAGAAUUCGCUGUCAAUCGUGCCAACAUGCUCACCCGGCUCUGGAAGUACGCACCGGAAGUGAUGCUGUCCUCAGAGUAUCUAUUGCACGCGAGCGUUCUCUCCAUGGUCGAGUUUGACGAAGAUAUCUUCGCCGCCGGCAAUUGUUACGAUAAAUUACAGUAUCGGGAUCGGUGGUUAUACUGUCCGUUCGCUCACCGACUGCCCAAUCAGGAUGGCGUCCUCGUGAAGGAUCUCGCAAUCCAGUACAAGUACUUGAGCAAUAGCAGCGAGUGGUUCUACAUCGCAAGAAAGAAUGCUGAGAGGGUAAUUGCCAGUUACGAGCAAUUCAGUCGAGGAUUCCACACUUAUACGCUGAACGAAAGCGCGCACACGGAAAGGGAGGAGGACGAAAUCUUGACAGUGAAAUACGAGGAUGGCAGAUGGUCGAAACCGUAUUACGACUGCGGGGGUGGCAAUAUCUGGAUGCUGACCUACACCGUACCCUUCUUCGGAUACAUCAACGAUACUUACUUCUUCAAGGGUACCAGCGGUAUCGACAUAGACCUCCGCCGAGUAGACAUAGAUCAGUGCCCGUUGCCGGCUGGAUCCGCACAGCUGAACAUAUUCGCCGCCAGCGACAAGUGCAAAAAGCGCACCACUGAGUGCAUCGCUAUUCCCGGGCUUGGCUUCCGCCGCGGUAGUUAUCGAUGCGUUUGCAAACGAGGCUUCUACUACCCGGACACGAAAUCGGACAAGAGGUACUACAAUGGCACGGUCAUUGAGGAAGAGUACGAGAGAUUGAUGAUGGGUGAAAAGAGCCAAUAUGCCGAGGGCGGAGUAUUCGAAUGCCUGCCAUGUGCCGAAGGGUGCGAGUCCUGCGAGGAUGGCUCGCCCUGCGUUGUAUCCCUGAACUGGCUGAUGCGAACGGCGAUACUUAUCCUGGAGUGCUGCAUCAUCGCUUGCCUGCCAGCCGUCGCUCUUUUCACAUGGAAAUACGGGCAUGUGAAGGUGGUGCGAGCGGCCAGCCCGGUUUUGUUGCGCGUGAUUGUUCUGGGGGCCUUCUUCAUAUACUGCACGACUAUAGUUAUGUAUCCCAGGCCAAACAUCAUCACGUGCACCGUGCGCGUAUGGUUACGAGAAAUUGGCUUUUCUCUCACAUACGGGGCACUCAUGCUCAAAACGUGGCGAAUAUCCGUGAUCUUCCGGGUGAAAUCGGCAAAGGCCGUAAAAAUAACAGACGCGAGCCUGCUGAAACGGCUCGGUAUCAUCGUCCUGACGUUCAGCGUGUUCCUAAGCAUAAGGACAUUGGUCGCACCGCCCGUCGUGAUCGUCGCACGAACUGCCGACGAUCUCAAAGCGUAUCUCUGCCGAACUGACUGGUGGGACCACAGUUUUACCACUCUCGAGGUGAUGUUCCUCGUGUGGGGCAUCCGGUUGUGCAUCGUAGUAAGAAAGACUCCGUCGGAGUUUAAUGAGAGUCGAUUCAUUUCAAUGGCGAUUUACAACGAAUUUCUACUAUCAGUCUUCCUCAACGUUUCAAUGUUGUUCCUGCAAUCACCGGCCAAUCCGGAUUUAUUGUACAUCAUAUUUUUCUGCCAUACCCAGCUUACCGUCACAUUGCUGCUUUGCCUGAUAUUCGGCAGUAAAGCUUACGUGGUAUUCCGCGAUGGAGGGAAGGAGGAGACGAUUGGUAAACUUUGUGGCGCGACCGGCAAGUUCUUGGGGAAAAGCAGUCGUCCGCAGGGUACUAGUAACCAGACCAACUCGAUAUCGCUUCAGCAGGGUAAUUUCGCCGAAGAAAGCGACUCUGUCACGGAGGAAUUCCGCCGUUUGCUCAAUCAGUUAGAGAUCCUGAAGGAGAAGAACAUAUUAUUAGGAAAUCAGGAGCUGUCCAGGAAGCUGGCAGCCAUGCUGGACGCUUCGAAUCGAGUCGAGGCUCAAGUAUCCACUAUUCAAGCUAUUUCGACUAGCAUCGUUCAGUUGAAUGAUCUCAAUAAAUCGACGAAAGAAACUAAUCUCGGACAAGCUUGUCAGGAGCAGACUCAAACAGGAAACGGUUCUCGGAGCGAAAAUCGAUGUCGCGCAUGUAUUGAGAAAAAUGGGCUUGGAGGAAAGGAUGUGCGCGAUAUGUCGAAGGAUAAUGAAACGCCAGAGUCGAGGAAAAUCGGAAAAGACAUCGCCGUGUCAACAUCCUCGAAACACCCUAUUGAGGACGUCGACAGGGAAAUGUGUCACGGAAAAGAAGGCAAAGAAUCUGAUUCGAAGGACAAAUCCAGGAGUAAAUCCGGUCACGCUAGGACACACGCCAUAGUUAUCAACCUCGACGAUAAGAGCAGAUUUUCCGAGGAAGUUACCGUCUAACGUUAUCUUUAAGUAAAAAAUAAACGGUUAAUGUAAAUGCAAUUUUCCGAUAUUUCUGUAAUUAACGAUUUUAUCGUGAAUGAAACAUUAUUGACCGUUUUUGUUGAAAAUUACGAUUGUUAAUCACAGAUUUUUAAAAAGGUUGACAUUUUCCGAUGAAUUAAUUAGCACGGAAUUCCAUCAGAUACAAUUAUUUAAAAAAAAUUUAUCCGUUAUUAAUAAUGUAAUAAUUGAUUCUAUGAAG